CAGGGGGCGCUGCGGCGCGAGGCGGGUUGGCGCACGCGCGGUGGGGGCGGCGGCCGGGCGCACGCUGAGGAAGCGGCGGGGACGGUGCGGGAGGCCGGGUCGCGAGCGCGGAGCGGGACCCUUCGGCUGUCGCCAGAAUGCCAGCACUAAGCUGUAGGUUCUACCAGCAUAAGUUUCCAGAGGUGGAAGAUGUCGUGAUGGUCAAUGUUCGAUCCAUUGCUGAAAUGGGUGCUUACGUCAGCCUGCUAGAAUACAACAACAUCGAAGGCAUGAUCCUGCUCAGUGAGCUGUCCAGAAGACGUAUUCGUUCCAUAAACAAACUCAUCCGCAUAGGAAGGAAUGAAUGUGUCGUGGUCAUAAGGGUUGACAAAGAGAAAGGUUAUAUUGACUUGUCAAAAAGAAGAGUUUCUCCUGAGGAGGCAAUCAAAUGUGAAGACAAAUUCACAAAAUCAAAGACUGUGUACAGCAUUCUUCGCCACGUUGCCGAGGUGUUGGAGUACACUAAGGAUGAGCAGCUUGAGAGUCUGUUCCAGAGAACUGCCUGGGUAUUUGAUGACAAGUACAAAAGACCAGGAUAUGGUGCUUAUGAUGCGUUCAAGCAUGCAGUCUCAGACCCUGCAAUCCUGGAUAGCCUAGAUCUCACGGAGGAAGAGAGGCGUGUAUUGAUUGACAAUAUUAACAGACGUCUGACUCCACAAGCAGUCAAAAUCCGAGCUGAUAUCGAGGUUGCAUGUUAUGGUUAUGAAGGUAUAGAUGCGGUGAAAGAAGCUCUGAGAGCAGGCUUGAACUGUUCCACAGAGAACAUGCCCAUUAAAAUCAAUCUGAUAGCCCCUCCUCGAUAUGUAAUGACCACUACAACGCUGGAGAGAACUGAAGGACUCUCUGUUCUGAAUCAAGCCAUGGCUGUCAUUAAAGAGAAAAUUGAGGAGAAGAGAGGAGUCUUCAAUGUGCAGAUGGAGCCUAAAGUGGUUACUGACACAGAUGAGACAGAGCUUGCAAGACAGUUGGAAAGACUGGAGAGGGAAAAUGCUGAAGUGGAUGGAGAUGAUGAUGCUGAGGAAAUGGAAGCAAAAACUGAAGACUAAAUGCUCUGGGAUAGUUAGAGGAGAAGGCAUACGAAAAAUUAGAGACCCCAUUGCAAACACUCUGGACUAAAUGUUUCCUGUAUUGAGAACUUCAAAUGCAAAUACUUGAAGUAUGUUACUGGUUUAAAAAGACCAAUAAAGCAUCUCCGAAGUAACAUUUGAUGCAGCAACUUACAAAUUGAGUCCUUUAAAAGGAAGGUGCCAAGUCUUGAAUAUGACUCAAAUCUCACAAGCGGAGGGAGGCUGCAGCUCCAUGCUUAACAUUUACUUACCUAACAAUUCCAGAUUGGUGAUUGCAGCUCAAUUAAUGAUGUUUUCAGGAAGCACAAAAACCAAACAGGCUGAACAGUUCUAUACAGAAUGUAUUUGAGCAAAUAUUCAAUAAAGUUCUGGGCUAUGUAACUUGAA